AUGGGCAGAUCCCGUCUCAAUCCACUUUUUUAUUGUUCGUAUGAUAUGGCUUUCUCUUGAUGUUUUCCUUUCGCUUGCUCACGCGCGUUGCGCUUGUGCUGGCUUGGGUGGUGUGUUCUCUGGGGGCGCAAUGGGUUGUUGCGUAGGGUGGGAUAGGGAUAAUUUUUACAUUUGUACCAGUCAACACGAUCGCGGCGGUUGGGGAAACAGUUACUAUCAAGGUUCCUAAUGGGGGAAAAUAUAAUUGGAGUAUAGUCCAGACUUCCUUUGAUGAGCCAUGUCACUACUUGACGGGAGGUUUCCAUCCUGGCAUCAUUGCCGCAGAUCCAGACAAGCCAGUUUGUAUAUCCGAACCAAAGUCCUCCAAUCAAUCCGCUAAAACUUAUCUAGAAUACAACAUUUUUUGACUUCAGUUUUAUUGUCCGAAAUCAGCAGCCGAUAUACUACAACUUUGGCGAAGAGUUCACAUGUAACCAAGGCAUGGCUGCUGGAGUCAAUACACCUUCCGCACAGCCCGCUUUUAAAUUCCGUCAAGCAGCUAUAGCUGCGACACCCUCUCUGAAUAACGCCGCGGCAGCAGCGGGAGCAAGAGGGUCUGGAUUUAAAGGACUUACCCCUUCACAAGUGAAAAUUGCAACGCCACUCAUCAUCGUAUCCGUCUUGCUCAUGGCGGCUGGGGCUAUUUACUAUUGGAGAACACGAAAUCGGCCACGAAAAUCCGACACCAUAGCAAUUGAUCGUCCAGAGUUAGAAGAAGGACGCAGCACACAGGAAUUGGAUGCAAGUAGGCCACCAGCAGAGCUGGGUUUGAAAUCACCAAGGGGAUACGUGUAUGAGCUCUCUGCGGAAGAGGCGAGGGCACUUAGGUCAAAAGAAAGUGUCCAGCAGAAGCGAGGAAGUUUGUAUUUCUGGCGAGCGGAAAUUCGUCCUUCGCGAGGAUGAAGUCUUGGGCGAAAAAGGGGAAAAGUGGAGGACUGUCACGUGAGAGGUAAACAAAUCUCAAUGGCCGCAAAAGAAAGGAUGUAAUUGUUUUUACCACUCUCGUUUCAGUUCAUUAAAAGGUUUGGAAUUCUGUUCAGUUUUAUUGUCCGUCCAGUUCGCAUUUGGAUGGAUGGGAUGUGACUUGACGGUCGUUCCUUCCAAAGUACAUUUCCACGUGAACACGCGCUAAGACGCGUUGGCCAACUGAAUGCCUCAACUUCUGAAUGCAACACCACACCACAUCACUGCCUCUAUCUCCCCUCCAUCGUUUGUGCUGUAUACCAGCCUCGGUCUCCAAGUCGUGUCGCACCGAAUCGUAUAGCGACUGAUUGUAAUACACACUACGCAUCGUAAGUUUGCCUUUCCUCCUAUUGGCAUCGAGGCACUUGGGCUGACAGUGAUAGUCCACAGACCAUCCUCUACCACCAUGUCGCCUCCAGAGACGAAGACAACCACAAAAUCAUCAUCAUCUCCUAAUCUCCUCGACCUGCCUCGUGAUGUCCGAAAGAAGAUCCUUCUGGACGUUCUUCUUGACCCAGUCUCACCAAAAUUCGAAGCCACGACACCUCCAACCAGCACAAACUACCCCAACUACUUUGCAGUUACUUUCGUCAACCGACAACUCCAGCGCGAAGCCAACGAUGCCUUAGCCAAGUCUAAGGCACUCAUCAUCGUCUCCUCAAACGGCGAUUCUUAUGACAAACACCUUCGGGUGUAUGGAAUUCCAACAGUCUCCACUUCCCGCGCUGCAAAGCUCAAGCACUUCGCCAUGAGAGUUCAUGUGACCUACCCAAAGAAGGCAGAUAAAGUGGUCACCUCAAUCAUUAUUCUCUCCUCAGAACUCCCAAAUCUCAGCCGUCUAUUGAGAAUCCACAGUCUAUCUCUUCGUCACUCGGACCAAUUCCCUAUCAACGACGAAGACACCAAGAAGUUCCCCCGAAUGGCCCUUAAGAUCCGCUUUGGUGAUGGAACUGGAACAACCAAAGACGAGCAAAUCGCCCUCCUGAAGCAGAUGGUUUUCGCAGAUAGAGUCGGUCCAAUCACUAUCCUCAAACCCGCCGACCCAUCAGUCCGCGACAUCCUCCCAGGCAGCACCCACACCUUCAUACCAUCCCCUUCCCUCCCCAAUAACCCUAUGCUUGUCAAACGCGCCCGCGACCAAUGGUUCCGCGACACCCGCAAGCAAGAUGGUAACGACCAACUUGAGAUCUACGAUUGGUGCAUCAUGCACGCUAUCAAAGCAACCCUCGCGAUGAAUCACUCCCUUGCCAUCGCCCGUUACGAGCUGGUCCGUGAUCUCAUCCACAUCUUCUUUGACAAGAAUCGCUUCGUGGGUCAUCCAUCGAUGGACUUUCAGUUGAAGAUUGACAUGCGGGAGAAUCAGGCGGCGGUAGGGUUGGCGAGAAGUAGGAAGCUAGUCGGGGAGAGUAUCAAGGUUACCUUUACCGGGGCGAUGAUGGCAGGAUUGAAUUUGAGCGCGGUGAGAGAUGAGAGAGGCAGAGAGUGUGCCAAGUUUAGGCGGAGAAAGGGAAAGGGAAAAAACGGAAAGGGCAAGGAGAAUGGGGAUGGUGAGGAGGAUAAGGUUCUGACUUCUUCUAUGCCUUCAUUUGAGGUGAGACUUUUGAGUUGA